GUGUAUCUUUUGCUUUCGGGCCGACGUGUUGUGUUGUGCCUCCUCUGUGUUGUGUCGUGUGCGAAGCGAGUAGCGAAGUCUCGUUGGUCGUUGGGAGCAAAGAAUUAUUAUUAUUACUAUUCUAUUAUUAUUAUUGCCAACCGCGGAGCGCCACUUUUAUUAUUCGUAUUAUUAUUGCCGCCGCACAGCAACAGAAAAUACAAGAACUCAGCGAGAAAAAAAUAAGAGGAUAAAAAACGCAUAAAUUUUCAUCGAAGAAAUCGCCAACAAAAAUCGCGCGCGCAACGGAUCGGGUUCCCGCGUUCGGUUUCGUUUUAACGGUAUAUACCACCUCACCAGCAGUUGCAUCGCAUCGCAUCCAUCGAAACAAAAUCAACUAAAUGAACCGUCAAGGGUAGAGCGCGUGUUUCAACGGGUACGUUCCUGUUGCAGAGGGGAUCCCGACGAUCCCCUGUCCGUAGCUGUCGCCCCUCUCUCUCUCUUUCGAACCACCCACAAGAGAAGAGCAAACACCUACCUACUUAUGUACGUUGUGUUGUGCCGUCGCUAAAUCGUAAAAGACUUUUUUACCCAGCAACGACGACGACGACAACAACUAAAGUUUUUUGCGUUUUCAUUUUGGUUCAGGAUCUAGUUACAUAUAUAGUAUGUAGAAGCAGCUGUGAUAAAUAGUGCGCAUAUUAUACGAAAAGCAAAAAGAGUAUACGACAACAACAACAACAACUAAAACCCUAAGCAAAACGGAAAGCGGAAAAGGAAAUCAAUCUGAAAAUCUGCAAGAAAGAUCAAACCGAAUAGAAUAGGAUCGAUCGAAGAGGAAGCUGUACUGUAGUUGAGCCAUGGAUUUAUGACAACUACAGACAACUGCAAGACAACAAAAACAAAUUGCAAAAUUAUGUGGCAACAACAGCCACAACAAUACAGCAGUAUACUAAGAACAAAAACAACAACUACAACUACAACAAAAGCAACAACAAAUUGUAUACGAUUUUUAUAAACCAAAACAUUAUUAUAUGUAAAUACAACUAAACACACAAAAAAAGAACACUUAACUCAAUCGAAAAAAAAAGAUAAAGAAAAAGUUCUUAAGAGAUCUCCCCGCUUAACAACAAAAACAACAACGCGCGCGUAACAACAACAACAACAACAACAACAAGUAUACAAGCAACAAAAAAUAACGUAAUAAUAAUACAUAAAAUAAAUCUUAACAAAUGUGCCUGUGUUAAAAGAAAUGAAUAAAAGAGAAAAGCAGAAGUAGAAGAAGUAUAUUGUAAAAGAGUGCAAAAAUAAUAAAACAAAAUAAAAGCAAAAAGCAAAAGCAUAAAUCCCCUAAAAAGAAAAGCCGGAAAAACAACGUGAUUUUCCCCCGGUAACACUAUUUUUGAGUGGGAAAAACAGAAAAAGAAUUUCCAGAGACCCCAAUCCUCCCCGUCAAAGCAGGAGGUCCCCAAAAAAAAAAAAAAAACAGAUCUGCCAGAAUAAGAGCCCGUAGCACCGAGGAGCCACAACAACUGGAAGAAAACCGACCGCAACCACAGCGAGGAGCAGACACAAGGGACGCGGGCCCCGCCGUCGAAUUGUGUGUUGCGUCGCCCCACAGUCUUCUCUACACCAAAAGUGGCACAAAUCGGGUUAGACGUCGCUCCCAGAGCAUUAAUGGCUCAGCCCAGGUAUGACGAUGGCCUGCACGGCUACGGCAUGGACUCCGGUGCCGCGGCGGCGGCUAUGUACGAUCCACAUGCUGGACAUAGGCCGCCCGGCCUGCAAGGCCUCCCCUCGCACCACUCACCGCACAUGACGCAUGUCGCGGCGGCUGCGGCCACAGUCGGCAUGCACGGCUACCAUUCGGGUGCCGGGGGUCAUGGUACACCUAGUCAUGUAUCACCGGUUGGUAAUCACCUAAUGGGCGCAAUACCCGAAGUACACAAACGUGAUAAGGAUGCGAUUUAUGAACAUCCGCUAUUCCCGCUAUUGGCGCUCAUAUUCGAGAAAUGCGAAUUGGCCACAUGUACGCCGAGGGAGCCCGGGGUGCAAGGUGGCGAUGUUUGUUCAUCGGAAUCGUUUAACGAGGAUAUUGCAAUGUUCAGUAAACAGAUAAGAUCACAGAAACCCUACUAUACCGCAGAUCCCGAAGUCGACUCACUGAUGGUGCAAGCAAUACAAGUACUUCGGUUUCACCUUUUAGAAUUAGAAAAAGUACACGAACUGUGCGACAACUUCUGUCACCGCUAUAUAUCGUGUUUAAAGGGUAAAAUGCCAAUAGAUUUAGUGAUCGACGAACGGGACACCACCAAACCACCAGAACUCGGUUCGGCAAAUGGUGAGGGACGGAGUAACGCCGACUCCACAUCGCACACCGAUGGAGCUAGUACACCAGACGUUCGGCCGCCAAGCUCAUCGCUUUCCUAUGGCGGAGCAAUGAACGACGACGCCCGAUCGCCGGGCGCUGGUAGUACACCGGGUCCCUUGUCACAGCAGCCACCUGUCCUAGAUACAUCAGACCCUGAUGGUAAGUUCUUAUCAUCACUCAAUCCUUCAGAACUAACAUAUGAUGGACGAUGGUGUCGAAGAGAAUGGUCCUCACCUGCCGAUGCUCGCAACGCAGACGCCUCCAGGCGACUGUAUUCCUCAGUCUUCCUUGGUAGUCCUGACAACUUUGGAACGAGUGCAAGCGGUGAUGCCAGCAACGCCAGCAUAGGAAGUGGCGAGGGCACCGGCGAGGAGGACGACGACUCCAGCGGCAAAAAGAACCAAAAGAAACGUGGCAUUUUCCCAAAAGUAGCAACCAACAUAUUGAGAGCGUGGCUGUUUCAGCAUUUAACGCAUCCCUACCCAUCCGAGGACCAGAAGAAACAAUUGGCCCAGGAUACAGGCCUAACGAUACUGCAAGUGAAUAAUUGGUUCAUCAAUGCGCGGCGAAGAAUUGUCCAGCCGAUGAUCGAUCAAUCCAAUCGUGCAGUCUAUACACCGCAUCCAGGUCCCUCCGGCUACGGACACGACGCCAUGGGCUACAUGAUGGACAGCCAGGCGCAUAUGAUGCACCGUCCGCCCGGCGAUCCCGGCUUCCAUCAGGGCUACCCGCACUACCCGCCCGCCGAGUACUAUGGCCAGCACUUGUAAUGCAGCGGCCAGCCGACAGCGGCGGUCGGACAGGCAGCGGCAGCGGCGGAGGCUGAGCCAAUAGCUGCAUACGAGCAGCUGGCCGACAGCGAAAAAGCCAAAAUCAUAGCUUAAAUUUACUACUAUCCAGCGGAACGGAGAGCGGAUCAUCAGGAGCAGCAGCAACAGCAUCAGCGGCAGGACAUGGAACAGGAGCAGGAGAGGACCCCGGAAUGGACCAUGGAUCAUUCCGAUCCCAUCCGAAACCAAGCAGACCGAGUGGCAAUAUCAGUCAAGUUAUAGGAAAAGCAACAAAAUACAAAAGCAAAGAACAAGUGUAGUGAAAUCUUAAAAAUGAUAUUCGCCAAGCAGAAGGCAGAUACAACAGAAGCAACAUCCAGCAGCAACAUCAGUAGCAACAUCAGCAGCAACACCAGAAACUACAAUUUUAAAAAAGAAAC